GGUAGCUUCCCAUGCCCGAAUAGAAUUCGGACUUUCCCCCCGUACGCUUUCCAAUCCCCAAAACCGCGACCCGAACACGCCUCCGGUGCUGCGUGCAUCGUCCCCCGCGUGAUCGCGAUCCCCGCUCGCUCCUCCGAUCCGCGAUCGCUCCCGGCUCGUCCUCCGUUCCCGCGCCGACGAGAAGAUGCUCCCCAAGAGCUUCAAGAGCUUCAAGCCCGCCAAAUGCAAGACGGCGUUGAAGCUCGCGGCGUCGCGGCUGAAGCUGCUGAGGAACAAGAAGGAGGUCCAGGUGAAGCAGAUGAGGCGGGACCUCGCUCAGCUGCUCGAGUCCGGCCAGGACCAGACCGCUAGGAUUCGGGUUGAACAUGUUGUGAGGGAAGAGAAGAUGAUGGCAGCCUACGAGCUUGUUGAGCUGUUCUGUGAACUUAUUGCAGCUCGUUUGCCUAUAAUCGAGUCACAGAAAAACUGCCCAAUUGACUUGAAGGAGGCUGUUUCAAGCGUAGUCUUUGCCUCUCCGAGAUGCUCAGACGUUCCUGAACUUAUGGAUAUCCGCAAGCAUUUUACCGCAAAAUAUGGAAAAGAUUUCAUUACUGCAGCUGUUGAGUUGCGUCCUGAUUGUGGUGUAAACCGCUCUUUGAGAAACUCUGCCAAAGCACCUGAUGGUCCAACCAAAGUAAAGAUUUUAACCUCAAUUGCGGAGGAACACAACAUCAAAUGGGAUCCUAAUUCAUUUGGGGAUAAAGAUUCGCAUAAUCAUGGAGAUUUGUUGGUACUUCUGAAUUAUGUUUGCUUCAGUAGUCUUGCUUCUGAGUUCUGGCUAUGGACUAGUAAUUUAGCAUGUUCUUCUUCUGUUUGUUGUUAUGCAAUGGAAGGAAAUGCUGAAGCUGGACAUAUGUAUCGCAGGGAAGGAAAUGUUGAUUACAUGGGCGGGCAAAACUGGAAUAUGGAAUUCAAGGAUGCAACCUCUGCUGCUCAAGCUGCUGCAGAAUCUGCUGAACGGGCAAGCAUGGCUGCCAGAGCUGCUGCACAACUUUCUAGCCGUGGGAGGAUUUCUACGCAAUACUCUACAGAGCCACAAAGGUCUUCUGCUCACGGUCCUAUGGAUGAACGGGCUGGAAGAUCUGCAGGCUCCAGUUUUCAAGAUGAAGCCUAUGCUAAAGUUGCAGGUAAUAAGGCUUCUGAUGGAAGAAAUGCUCAACCUCACACAGCAUGUAAGCAGAAUUAUGCAAAAGAAGAGCACGUUGGAGAAGUAGGUGAGAGGUUCUAUAAAGAUGGCCAUACGAGCAAUGACAGACCUAGCCAGUAUGUUUCGAAGAAGUCUAAUAUGGACUCCAUGGACAACAACGCAUUUGCAGAGUCCUCUAGUUAUGGUAUAAACAACAUUCAGUUCGAAGAUACGUGAGCUCACAAUCAGAGGGUUUAUCCUCUGAUAGG